AUGGACGAUCUCAAAGGUCGGUGUGCCCGCCUCUCCCUUCACAAAAAGGAACGCCAAACCAUCCCUUUAACCCCUGUUUUGGAGAACAAUAACAAAGUACUUGUGGCAAAGCUAUUCACCAAACGUCGACUUAACGUGGAGGCAUUGUCACGGACACUCAAAAGCAUGUGGAGAUUUGCCCAAGACUUCGAAGUUCGUGACUUGGCCUCAAACACAGUGCUGCUUCUGUUCACCCAUGAGGCUGAUGUGCAAAAGGUGAUCUCGCAAGGACCCUGGUCGUUUGACAAGUACUUGAUAGGCCUCUAUCAACCUAGUGCCUUUCAAUCUGUGGACGAUGCAAAGUUUGUCACAAGCCCCUUUUGGAUUCAAAUCCAUAACCUUCCUCUUAGUCGUAUAAAUAAAGUUAAUGCUACAGAUAUAGGGAACACUAUUGGCAGAGUUGUACAGGUUGAUGCGUCACCAUCUGGGGAAUGUCGAGGACGCUGCAUUAGAGUCCGAAUCCUUAUAGACAUUGAGCAACCCCUCUGCAGAGGACGUUACGUGGAUUUGGAUGGCUCGGAUCCCCAUUGGAUUUCUUUCCAAUAUGAACGGCUGCCUAUAUUCUGCUACUGGUGUGGUUGCUUAAAUCAUGAUGAGAGGGACUGCAAGAUCUGGAUUGAUAGUGGCGAAUCAUUGCAGAAGAGUGACCAACAAUAUGGCCCAUGGUUGAAAGCUUCCUUGACCACCAUGCAACAACCACAACUGGUACGUACCAAAUCUUCCCAACCAACAACCCCACCCCAACCUCCACGACCCACACCUUCACCAUCUACACAGCCAUCACCUCCGACGGAAAACAUGCCACCACCAUUGCCGAACCUACCCACUACGACUCAAAAUGCAGAAACCAUAACUCAAGCCGAUAAACCCGAAACUGCACCAACCCACAAGGAAAUUUUAUCGAACUCACAACUGUUUGACACGUUUAUCACGGACCUUGACCAUGAUCUAAAUUACAAUCCACUUUCACACACCCCAAAUCCACUACCACAGUUGGCCCACGCUUCAUUAACUGACAUUGCUCAACAUUCCUAUUCCACCACUAAGUCAACUAUCCCUUUAAAUGUUAACUUUGACACUUUGACCACAAACCACCCAGAUAUUCCAUUCCCCACACACAUGUCUAACACACCAAAAGCCCCAGAAACCAUUACUACUCCCACAGACCAAACUGUAACAGAAAAAACCGUACAUUUGCAUGGUACCUGGUGUCAACUAGGACCACCCCACAACGCUGUGAGCGCUGGUAUCUCUUGUGAAUCAGUGUUGGGACCUAAAUGGAAGCAAAGUCACUAG